GUGAAGUUGUGAAAACACAGUAAAUACUUAUUAGUGUUAUAAAGUGUAACAACAUAAUAUAUAAUGCGGUGGUUUACUAUAUGUGGCGUACUUUUAGUUACGAUAGCAAGUACAUCCGCUGAAUGGUCUUGGAAUAAUGACGAUACAAACAAAGAUGUAGAUUCGAAGCCCAAAUCAACGGAACUCUUACAGGGUGAAGAGAUCAGCGAGGCGGAAGACAAAAAUGGCGAUGGAACUGUUCUUGAUGGUAUUGUUGAUGAAUUGGUUAGCAACAAACAGGGAAGAAGUCUAAGUGGAUUUGAUGACGUAUAUAGUGACCCUACUAUUAAAGAAGCUUUAGAUGCAGGCGAUGACACCGAAGCAAGAAAUUUAAUUAAGGGAAGACUUUGUACGCUAGGCCUUAUACAAUGUGAAGAUGAAGAUACACAAGAAAAACGAACUUACGUUUCGCCAGAUGAACUCAUUUAUGCUCAACCUGUCGAUAUAAAACCUAUUGGAAAACCCGUUGCCUCAAUCGCUAUUCGUGGUCCACCAAGGGCUUAUGGGCCUCCCAAACCUAUGCCAUACCCUCCACGACCUCAGCGAUACCCAUCUAAAAGGCCAACAUAUGGUAAUAACCGACCUGGCUUUGCCGAUAAAUAUGGAACGGCCAACAAUGCAUUCCAAUUUUCUCAAAAUAGUGGCGCGUACGGAAACGACUUUAAUUACGUUACUAAACAGCCAGCCUUUGGAAAUGACGGUCCAUACACAUAUGAAAGCCCUAAACCCCUAUACAAUAAGCCAUCCUCUCAGCAAACUAAUUUGAAGACUGAGUCCGUUGUUCAACAGCACAUACACCAUCACUACGUGCACGAUGAUGCAGCAAAAGAUCCAAAAGUUAUUAUAAAACCAGUAGCAAUUCCAGUAGGGUCAGUGGGUCACUUAGCUUCCCAAAUUCAUAAUCAAGAAAAUUCAGGCAUCAUAACAGCCUCCGGAUCAGAUUUUAGUACCUUGAACGCUGGUGGCUUUAAACCAAUGACAGGAGGAUUUAAUCAAGUCAAACCAGUAUAUGAAAGUGAUACUAUUUAUGGCUCUCAAUUUGGACACAAUAACUAUAACAGGGAAAACGGAAAUAUUCAGGGACAGAAUCUGCCCAAUCAAUUCCAGAACAAUGCGUUCGAUGAUCAAAAGUACGGAAACUCAUUAGGAUCCUAUGGCUCUCAAAAUUCAGAGUUUUAUAAAAAGGAGUUGCACGUAGGUUCAGCUAACAAUGGUUACAGUCAAGGGCUAGGACAAAACAAUUUAUAUCAAGAGAACUAUCAAACCGGUAAAGCCCAAGGUUUCGAAUGCGUAUGUGUUAACUACGAUCAGUGCCCAAGUCAAGAAGUGAUCGGACGUAGAGAUGACCUAUACCUACCAAUUGAUCCACGCAACAAAGGCAGUGAGAUUUUGGCUUUGACUGAAGAUCAAAGUGACAUUUCAAACGUUACAACUGAAUUCGAAACCUCAAAACAAAACGACACUGAAGUUAAGAAUAUUCAAAAACGCGAAGUUAAAUCUGAUAAAGCCGAGGAACCAGCUAAGGAAAUUGAACCGCGACAAGGAUAUUUCGGCCACAAUCAAAUUCAACAAUGCGGUUCCAACCAAGUUUGUUGUAGAAGACCGCAUCGUCCCCAAGCUUCAAACCGUGGUCAAUGUGGCCUUCGACACUCGCAAGGAAUCAAUGGAAGAAUCAAGACACCAGCAUACGUAGACGGAGACAGUGAAUUCGGCGAAUAUCCAUGGCAAGCAGCUAUUCUCAAAAAGGACCCCAAAGAAUCUGUAUAUGUCUGUGGUGGUACCUUGAUCGAUGGACUUCACAUCAUGACUGCCGCCCAUUGUAUCAAAUCACACAAAGGAUUCGACCUACGCGUGCGUCUUGGAGAAUGGGAUGUGAACCACGAUGUAGAAUUCUACCCCUAUAUUGAACGAGAUGUCAUAUCUGUCCACGUACACCCUCAAUAUUACGCUGGAACUUUAGAUAACGACUUGGCUGUCUUAAAACUGGACCACCCUGUUGAAUGGACUAAAUAUCCACACAUCAGCCCAGCUUGUUUACCUGAUAAAUACACCGACUUCUCCGGGCAAAGAUGCUGGACAACUGGAUGGGGUAAAGAUGCCUUUGGUUCAAAUGGAAAGUACCAAAACAUUCUUAAGGAAGUUGAUGUGCCGAUACUAUCUCAUGGCGUUUGCCAACAGCAACUGAGGCAAACAAGAUUAGGAUAUAACUACGAGUUAAAUCCAGGAUUUGUUUGCGCUGGAGGCGAGGAGGGAAAGGAUGCAUGCAAGGGUGAUGGUGGCGGUCCUUUAGUUUGUGAACGUGGAGGCACUUGGCAACUGGUUGGAGUAGUGUCUUGGGGAAUUGGUUGCGGUCAACCCGGCGUACCUGGCGUUUAUGUUAAAGUUGCUCAUUACUUAGAUUGGAUCUCACAAAUCACAGGGAAAUAUUCUCCCUAUUAAGUACUGA